UUACAGCUAAAAGUAAUAUAGCUAAACUUAAAACUAAAACUAAGAAUUAGAUGAAACACGGGUAACAUCUCCCUGUGACACUACCGAUGACAAAAACCAGAUUUGAUGGGCGAAUUAGUAAACAGAACUCCCCUUACAAGUAUUAAUUAUUUUUGAUUUAAAUUUAUAUAUCACAAAAAAUAUCAAUGGACUUAUAUUUGUAAGUCAGUUCCCUGUAUAGUGUACCCAGCCUGGGUACCAUGGAGUGAUGACCGAGGUUUGUUCUAUGAAAUUUGGGUCUCAGGAGGUGAACCCGGUACCGUGGCGUUCGACGACGAAUGUUAAAAGAUAUCUGGCCAACAACUCUGCAUCUAUAGUCCCAGUUACAAGCUUGUAAAUUAUAUAUGUGUGGAGGUAUUAUUCAAACGAAGAAAGACAAUAGUCGAGGGACAAAUGAGACGGUUUUCACAACAAAUGCUCUGAGUCUCUCCUGUCUAGCUUCAUCAGAGGUCAUUGCUCUAAAGCUGAACUUCCCGCCGUUACAUCGGGAGCAGUCGGGUCGCAGCCUGUAAGGUAGUUGUAACGACGAGUUGGGUUAAGGUGGGGAACGCUGCGCGGUCUCUCAGAGCUUCCAACCACCCCUCACUCCGGUGUUGCUGUUUCAGUGCGUGCCACGUUUCACUGCCCAAACUGCGGGAACUUGGGCGGACAAAACAAACGGUCUGUGCAAAAGUUGUGUGAGAAGUGACGAUACGAUCUUACUGCGGGACGUUAAUAAAAUGACAUUAGACUCAGUGUUGACCGACGGAACGCUUGACCGAUCCGCAGAUCUGUAGAAAGAAGUUUGCGACGUUAAAGUGUAAUGGUGAAACUCUACUAAUCAAUGUGUUUUUUUAAUUUAUCAAUAGCUUUCAUUCCUCUUUUUUUGUGCAAGAGCGACUGUAAUAAUAGUUUGGAUGUUUUCAUUUGCCAUUUGUGCGUAUUGGAGUGAUUACUUGCAUGUGCAUUGUGCGUUGUGCGUCUGUCUGCAUUGAAUAACAAUAUAAAAGCGCUUGAGUGAAUAUUCAGCCCCGGAGCGUACAGACCUCGAUAUCGCCUAUGUGAACGGAGUAUUGGAGUUUCCACUGAGACUCCCGUUCACGCCCGUGGAAUCCAUAGUAGUACGAAUAUGGCUGCAACGAAAUGCUUCGUGGGAACUCUUCUGCGCCGGGAAAUACGUCGUGAAUCUUGGCGCCCUUAUGUACUCUCGGAUAAUUACUGUCAGUGACUACAGCGAACACCAAAUUUAUCCAACAUUGAAGGCAAAUGUAUAUAUGAAACUUUUCUACAAACCGCAUACUCAACGACGCCACUCUUCGCAAGAGGAAAUGCAACCCCGCUGGCGGUAUUUUCAAAGUACCCCGUUGAGCCACAUGCGAGCGAGCGCUCCGCCCCAGGAGCUCAGCUCCACGCCUACGAACACGGAGGAUCAGCCCGGAGAUGUCCACGAGCAGGCGCAGAGCACCCGCCGCAGGUCGCACUCCGAGCCGCGGACGACCACUCAAACAUCUAGCAGGCGCAGUUCCGUGAAGUUCGUCAGAGACUGCAUCGACAGGGCCAGGAACCGCGUCCCUGAUGAGGAGCAGGGUCUGCUGGACCCGGCAGAAGUGUCCGAAGAGCCCGUCGCGUCGACCGUCUCGGCGGAGCAAGCGAGUGUGGAGACGCGUAACCGCACACCCACGUCUUGUGUGAUGCCAGCGCGCAGACCCGUGAAAUUCGUCAGGAACUUCUUCGACAGGGGCAGGACCCGCGUCCCCGAUGAGGAGCAGGGUCUGCUGGACCCAGAAGUGUCCGGAGAGCCUGUCGCGUCGACCGUCACGACGGAGCAAGAGGUCGUGGAGACGCGCAACCAUACACCCACGUCUUACGUCAAGCCAGCGCGCAGCAACGGCGAGGCGGGCCCGACGGCGCUGAAGCCGUGCGACCUGCAGGUGUGCAUCACCAUCGUCGAGGCGCGCCAGCUGGCCGGCCUCAACGUGGACCCGCUGGUGAGCGUGCAGGUGGGCGCCAAGCGCAAGUGCACGAGCGUCAAGGAGAGCACCAACAACCCCUAUUACAACGAAUAUUUCGUGUUCGACUUCCACGUGGCCCCGAUUGUGCUCUACGACCAAAUCAUCACGUUGGCGGUUUACCAGUCCCGGAGCAUUUUGCGGCCCGACCUGAUGGUGGGCAGCUUCAAGCUGGAUGUCGCCACCGUCUGGAAGCAGCCAAGACAUGUGUUCUACCACAAGUGGGCCGUGCUGACGGACCCCGACGACCCGCACGCUGGCCCCAAGGGCUACUUGAAGUGCGACAUCGCAAUCAUCGCCAAGGGCGAAAACAUCAAAGUUCCUCCGAGGAGUGAGAAAGAAGAUGACGACAUUGAAGCCAACCUGCUUCUGCCGGACGGCAUCGGCGCGGAGCGACAGCGCACACGGUUCAUCCUGUCGAUCUACAGAGCGGACGGCCUGCCCAAGAUGAACUACACGAUCUUAGCCAACAUGAAGAAAGUCAUCACGGGCGAGAACCAGGACGUAGUCGACCCAUUCGUCGAAGUCUCGUUUGCGGGAAUAUCCGGUUGCACAUCCACUAAGAAGAAUUGUAAUAAUCCGGUGUGGAACGAGGAAAUCGUGUUCACGGAGAUGUUCCCGCCGCUGUGCCAGCGCGUCAAGGUGCAGCUGCGAGACAACCGGCCCGUGCAGCCGGUCACCAUCGGCACGCACUUCAUCGACAUGAAGACCAUCUCCCACGACGGCGACAGAGCCGGUUUUCUUCCCACUUUCGGGCCAUCCUACAUAUAUUUCUACGGGUCUUCGCGAGAUUACAGCCUGCUGGAUCAAGCCUCUGCCCUAAAUAAUGGGUUAGGUGAAGGAGUCCAAUAUCGAGGGAGAUUGCUGAUGGCGAUCCGCACAGAAGUGGUGGACACGCCGGAGCUGCCGCUGUCGGCGGUGCUGACCGGCCCCGCGGCGCCGUGCGACGUGCCGCCGGACAGCACUGCCGAGAUGUUGCUGUUCGGGGCCAUAUUCGAUGUCAACAUGAUCGACAGAAGUGUCGCCGAGAAGCCGAUUCAGUUUGAACUCAGCAUAGGCAACGCGGGCAACUCCUUGAAUGGCACCAGGGAAUCACUACGGAAGCCGAGGGAUUUAGCUGAUUUAGAGAGCGUGAACUGCGACGCCGGCUACUGGCGCAGCACGACGCCCGCGGCGAAGGCCACGAGCGGGGAACGCGACCACGACCACUUCCUGUGCUACUGGGAGCAGAAGCCGUGCAUGCACGUGCGCAGCGUGUGGCCCGACCUGCGCCGUCGCCUCUACAACGUCAACAUGAUCAACAAAAUCAUCGACAAAUUCGAUGAGGGUCUGUGGAGGAUUCAAAACGUGGCGGAGUCUGCGGAGGGGCCGGACAACAUGAGCACGGCCGCGCUGCGCUCGCUGCUGGAGACGGUGAGCGACGCGUGCGCGGCGUACGCGGCGCGCUCGGCCGACGCGCCGCCGCUGGGCAGCACGCGGCUGGACCGGGAGCGGCUGCGGCUGUGCAUCGCCGAGUUCGGCCACGCGAGCAGCGUUACGCACAACCUCAAAGGUCAAAUAACGAAAAGGUCCAUGAAGGAGAAGCUGCACACGGCUUUCGCGUGCCUCGAGCGGCUGAAACGCAUACGCGAAGAAGCUCAGCAUUCGUUGCCCGAUGUGUUCAUUUGGAUGAUAAGUAACGAGAAGCGCGUGGCCUACCAGCGCAUCAACGCCGGGGACCUCAUCUACUCCGAGCGCUCGGACGAGGCGGGCGCGCUGGGCGGGAGGGUGCAGACGCUGUUCCUCAAGUGGCCUGAAAGAAAGACGGAACGCAAAUCCUGGACAAUACCGGCAAAGUUGUCCAUAUACUUGUGGCUCGGGACGAUCCAGGACAAGAAACAUUUCACAGACGAGCUCCCGCCCGGAUACGCGGCAGAUUCUCAUCAGAUCAGAGACGCUUGGAAUCCUCACACUAGCCCCCCCAUGCAAUUGUUUUACAAUGAAAAACAUAACUUCCAGUUGAGAGCAUACAUUUACCAAGCGAGAUCGCUGAUAGGCUCAGAUACGUCCGGUCUGUCGGACCCGUUCGCACGAAUAGUCCUCGGGGAAUGCGCCGGCACUACACAAGUCAUAUACGAAACUCUGAGCCCCACCUGGGACGAGCUCAUCGUGUUCCAGAACGUGCUUCUGUUCAGCACAGUGGACUACAUCAAAGCGCACCCUCCGGCGAUCGUGGUGGAAGUGUACGACCAAGACAAAGUAGGCAAGUCGGAGUUCAUCGGCCGGACUGUAAUAUUGAAGCCUGUCGUCAAAUCGACGGAAGACAUUUCUAGCAAUCGCCGAUUCCAACAAAUCUCUCUCGAAUGGUACCCACUCACUAGAGGAGAUACGGAAGCAGGAGAACUGUUAGCGCUGUUUGAGCUUCUGGAAAUGCCAAACGGUCAAGACGCGUCUUCCUUACCGCCAUUACCGCCACCGAAAGAAGUUUGUGGAAAAGCUCCGGUGAACGUCAAGAAGGACGUAGUCUAUCCUGUGCCGGUCGGCAUUCGGCCGACUUUGUCCAAAUACCGUCUGGUAGUAAUUUAUUGGGGUUUGCGAGACUUGAAACGCAUUCACCUGCUCAGCGUGGACAAGCCUCGCGUCGACAUCGAGUGCGCCGGGAACACCAUGUCUUCCACGGUCAUUCAGAGCGUUCGCUCGAACCCUAACUUUCCUUGUCCCGUCAAAUUCAUAGACGUGGAACUGCCCGAUCAGGAUUUGUUUCGACCGCCCAUGGCCAUCCGCGCCGUGGAAAGUCGCACCUUCGGCCGAAUGACGCUCGUCGGAACGCACACCAUCAAUUCUAUUCAGAAAUACGUGCACGCAGUGGACGCUCACGACAGAUUUAAAAAUGACUUGACAUCCGAGAGAGUCAAACAGGCCCUGAGUCGGAACCAGGAACAAAACUGCAAUGUCAACAGUGGCGCCGUUCCGAAGUCUUCUUUUGGACUACAUUACAAUAAUAAUAAAGAAAACCGUAGGGAAAGUAGUCCUCUUUUGACACAAGAAGGACGAGCUGUGGCUCUCUAUGGCUCUGAAGUUAAUAGACACCUGAGAAAUAGUAUUCUUUUAAAGAACAGAAAAAGAACGAAAAAGAGCAUCAAUGUUGUUGAUCACGAGAGCAGUAAGGAUUGGUGGACCAAAUAUUUUGCAUCCGUCGAGAGUAUGAUAGAUGAAGAAAAGAAAUCAAAAAAGGAGCGUGAAGGAGAUCAAGAAGAUCGUAUGACUUUAGGCUUUACCGAGGUCCGUGCGGCUCGACCCUGUCCGAGCCCGAGGCCUGGGCGCGUCAUCGCCGCGAACGUGGUGACGGAGCCGGUCAAGUGUACUGACAUACCGAAGGCGUCGCAGGCGAAGAUUUACCCGCACGAGCUUGAAGCUGUGCCCGAAUUUGAGGAAUUCAAAGACCAGUUUCAAUCAUUUGAACUGUAUCGCGGGAAAAAGACCAACGAUGAACAAGAUGAUGGCAACCGAAUAGUUGGUGUAUUUAAGGGUGCCAUACAAGUGUACCCGAUGGCAGCCGACGGCUCGGUGCGCGACGAGGCGACGUACGCGGACUACCUGUCGCGCGUGCCGAGCAACGAGCCCACGCAAGUUCUGGUCCGGGUGUACGUCGUGAAGGCCACGGAUCUGCACCCGAUGGACUUGAACGGAAAAGCAGACCCCUACAUAGUACUGAACCUGGGAUCGAGCAAGAUCAACGACAAGGACAACUAUGUUUCCAAGCAAUUGAACCCGGUCUUCGGGAAAUGUUUCGAGAUCGAAGCUACUUUUCCUCAAAACUCAAUGCUGACAGUGCAAGUGAAGGACUGGGACUUGCUGGGCUCCGACGAUCUGAUCGGAGAGACAAAGAUCGACCUCGAGAACAGAUUCUACAGUCGUCACAGGGCCACCUGUGGUUUGUCAAGAAAAUACGAAGAGCAGGGAUACAACCGAUGGAGAGAUUCAAUGAAACCGUCGCAAAUAUUGGCGAAACUAUGCAAAGACAACAGACUGAGUCCUCCCACUUACGGCUGCCGCUCCAUCACGGUCGGCGACCACUGCUUCGAGAUCAACAUAGAGGACGAGGAGCUGUUCGGCGACCUGCAGACCGUCGAGGAGCAGAUGGCGCUGGAGGUGCUGCACCGCUGGCAGGAGCUGCCCGCUGGCGGCUGCGCCCUGGUCCCGGAGCACGUGGAAACUAGAUCCCUCUACAACCCCAGAAAACCGGGAGUAGAGCAAGGCAAACUACAAAUGUGGGUGGACAUGUUCCCCAAGGACGCCACGGGGCCCGGCCGACGGGUCGACAUCUCGGCUCGCAAACCGAAAUCUUUUGAGUUGAGAGUCGUCAUAUGUAACACCGAAGACGUCAUACUGGAGGACGAUGAAUUCUUUACCGGAGAAAAGAUGUCUGAUAUCUACGUCAAAGGAUGGCUGAAAGGCCCUGACGACUGUCAAUGCACGGACAUCCAUUACCGAUCGCUGACCGGAGAAGGCAACUUCAACUGGCGUUUCAUAUUUCCUUUCAAUUAUUUGGAAGCCGAAGAGCGCAUCGUGACAAGUCGCAAAGAAUCAGUUUUCUCCUGGGACGAGACCGAGUGCAAGAUACCCGCGCGACUCGAGCUGCAAGUGUGGGACGCCGACCACUUCACCUCUGAUGAUUUUCUAGGCGCAAUAGCAUUGCCAUUGACGCGUUUCCCGCGCGGCGCAAAAACCGCGAAGCUCUGCACACUUAAGAUGCUCAGCGGAGACGGCUCGGUGCCUAUGGUCAACCUGUUCAAACAGAAACGCAUCAAAGGCUGGUGGCCAUUUUACACCAGGAAAGACAGUGACGAAAUUGAAUUAACUGGAAAAUUGGAAGCCGAAAUACAUCUGUUGACCAAAGAGGAAGCUGAAAAAUCUCCGGCUGGGUUGGGACGCGGCGAGCCGGAUGCGUUGGACAAGCCUAACCGGCCGGACGCCUCCUUCAUGUGGCUCAUCAACCCGCUGAAGUCGAUUCGCUACAUCCUGUGCCACAACAGCAAAUGGUGCAUGUUCAAGUACGCAGUCAUAACCUUCGUGGCGAUGUUUCUCUUGGUGUUCCUGUACCACGCACCUGGAUACAUUGUCAGGAAAAUACUCGGAGACUAAACUUCGUGGCGAUGUUUCUCUUGGUGUUCCUGUACCACGCACCCGGAUACAUUGUCAGGAAAAUACUCGGAGACUAAACUUUGUGACGCUGUUCAUCUUGCCGUUCUUGUACCACGCACCUGGAUACAUUGUCAGGAAAAUACUCGGAGACUAAACUUUGUGACGCUGUUCAUCUUGCCGUUCUUGUACCACGCACCUGGAUACAUUGUCAGGAAAAUACUCGGAGACUAAACUUUGUGACGCUGUUCAUCUUGCCGUUCUUGUACCACGCACCUGGAUACAUUGUCAGGAAAAUACUCGGAGACUAAACUUCGUGACGCUGUUCAUCUUGCCGUUCUUGUACCACGCACCUGGAUACAUUGUCAGGAAAAUACUCGGAGACUAAACUUCGUGACGCUGUUCAUCUUGCCGUUCUUGUACCACGCACCUGGAUACAUUGUCAGGAAAAUACUCGGAGACUAAACUUCGUGACGCUGUUCAUCUUGCCGUUCUUGUACCACGCACCUGGAUACAUUGUCAGGAAAAUACUCGGAGACUAAACUUUGUGACGCUGUUCAUCUUGCCGUUCUUGUACCACGCACCUGGAUACAUUGUCAGGAAAAUACUCGGAGACUAAACUUCGUGACGCUGUUCAUCUUGCCGUUCUUGUACCACGCACCUGGAUACAUUAUCAGGAAAAUACUCGGAGACUAAGCAUGUAGCCACCUAUGUCGGGACCAACGGAAGCCAGAGUACAGAGGUGCUCCGAUAGCAUAUUGAAUGUAACUUGAAAAUUUGUUUAGUUAAAAAUAUGGUUUCAACUUAUUUCGAUGUGAUUUUUGUAAAUAGACACUUAUUGGCUAAAAAGAGGCCUCUCUGGCCAUGUUACACAUCGAUCAUCUUUCUACAGUCGCUAACGUUCCCAAACGUUUGAUAUGUAUAGGAACGACGCAUCGGUAGGUGUAAGUAUCCUCGUAGCGUGGUCAGAAGGGAAGUAUUACCCUUUACUAUUAUAAUAUAUUUUGUGUUAUUGCUAUUGCAUAUGUUUAUGAUAUUGUUACAUUGUAAUUAGCGGACACCCGCGACUUCAUACAUUUCAACAAUAAUUAAUGUAACAAUUACUGUGAUUGUAAUCGAUCGUCUAAAUACCAUUUUUUGAAAUGUAUCUUAUAAAAUUGACGAUUUAUGUUUUGGUACCAGGUUUUCAACGAGUUGCAAGAUUACAGGGUGGAAUUUGAAAAAUUAUUGAAUCACUUUAUAUUUAUCUUAUCAUUUUUGCACCAAAAAAAUUAAGGACUUUCCUACAAAUUUUCCACCCCUGCGACGACAAAAACUUGAAAGUAACCUAGGAACUUCUCUUAAUAUAUUUGACUUUAAAGCCCAAAUUAUUCCUAGUAAGUUAGCCCAGUGGAUAUGACCUCUGCCCCCGAUUCCGGAAGGUGUGGGUUCGAAUCCGGUCCGGGGCCUGCACCUCCAAAUUUUAAGAGAUUAAAUAUCACGUGUCUCUAACGGUGAAAGAAAACAUCAUGAGGAAACUUGCAUACCAGAGAAUUUUCUUAAUUCUCUGCAUGUGUGCAGUCUGCCAAUCCGCAUUGGGCCAGCGUGGUGGACUAUUGGUCUGACCCCUCUCAUUCUGAGAGAAGACUCGAGCCUAACAGCAGUGAGCCGGAAAUGGGUUGAUAACGUAACGUAAGUAAGUACAUCAAAACCUAUCAGAAUCGGUUCAGCUGUAUAGCCGACAAACAGACUUGCUUAUUUUCUGCAUUUUUAAUGUUAGUAUAGAUUAAUAUUCGUUUAAUUAUCUACGAGUAUAUAUUUCUAUAUAUUAAAUCAGUAGGUAAUCUUAUACAUUUUUGAAGCUAUCUAGAUCAUUUUUACUGUUUAUAAGAUUAUAUUUAUAAUAUGAAUAUUGAAUAUUUUCAAAUUACGGUAUUCUUCAGAAGAAAUAUAUACAGAACAAUUGGUUUUAAUGUUACUAUCAUCAUCAUCAUCAUCAUCAUCAUCAUCAUAUCAGCCGAUGGACGUCCACUGCAGGACAUAAGCCUUUUGUAGGGACUUCCAAACAUCACGAUCCUGAGCCGCCUGCGUCCUCCGAAUCCCUGCGACUCGCUUGAUGUCGUCAGUCCACCUGGUAGGGGGGUCAACCAACACUGCACUUUCUAGUGCGGGGUCGUCAUUCAGGCACCGCGGGACCCCAACGUCACUUCGGCUUCGCGACUCGCUGAGCCCAAGUGACGGGGUCUCGCAGUCGCGGGAUCUUGAAUAUGGGCACGAGUAGGUCGGAACGUACGCUUCACCAGUCGAUACCGUUCCCGCUGAACGUUGAUGCUCAACGUGCCUCUAGCUUUUCGGUGAUCAUUGCCGAUUUUCACCCUGUGGAUCACUGAAACAUCGUUGGAUAUUUGCCGUUUGGUAGACAAGAUAAGGUUUUUCGUGGAGCCGUCGGGGCUCAUCUAGGUUCAUUUCCUGUCUGGUGUCUUCUGGUGGUUGUUGAAGAAGGAGUUCGUCAUAAAGAGUCCCUCGCUCUCCAUGAAGUCGGAAAACAUUUCGCUCCUAUCGUUCCGUUGCCCAUACCCAAAUCGUUCUACUUUCAACUCUGAACCGCUUUGGUUCGUCCAGCUUUGCGUAAAAAUCCCCCAUCACAACAUUGUAAUAUAACUUUGAGGCAUGUAUGACUUUUGAAAUAUCUUCAUAUAGUACCUCUACCUCCUCAACGAAUACCGUUUACUAAUUCGGAAGACAAGAUACGCUACCCUGCUCGGCAUCGAAUAGAACCUCGGCAUUACAUCUACUAAUUAGUGUUUGAUAUAAAAACUUACCAUAAAAAUAUGAAUGUGUAACGUAUUUUCCACACACUGAGAUUUAUAUUUUAUAGUAAAUAUUUUGCUCUGCGCGGGCGUGCCUCCGUUCGUCGACUUUGAUGGAUGAUUCAGUUGGAACGACUGCUCGGUAGAUUACUCGCCAGUGGUUGUAUAACUUGUAUAGUACAAUAAAGUUCACGGGACAAAGGUACAAAGUUUGCUUAAAAUAAGAAAGUUAAUUUAAAAUUUAGAAAUAUCCAAGAUAAAAUGUAGUCGACACUUUCUGACUUCUUUCAUGCAUGGUGUUACGUCGUUGUUCAUUAAUAACAUAGGUACAAUUUCCGUUAUAUCGAAUUGUUCCGUAUAGUAGUAGACAUAAGAGUUACGUAUGUUUCAUUUUAAGUAGAAAAGAAAAUAUGUAAUCACUUGUUUCAUUUUAAAAUAAACAAACCAU